AUGAAUACCUCAGCUAUUGCCUCUACCUCAACUGCUCUGUCACCUUCACGGUCACAUUAUCAACCAACAACCUCGAGCGGUUAUUUUGGCGCAGGCCGGUGCGAAAGCAGUUCAACCGCGUCUUUUAUCGCGAAUAUAACUCCAUCUGUGGAUGACGGAUACUUUGCCUUUGCAAAAAUCGGGGAUGAGAUAUGUGUAGUACAAGUCUCUUCAUUGACACCCCUCACCGCACUGAGUACGAUUGAUAUCAAGGUUUUUCGUCACGAAUUCGUUGCCAUAUUUCGGUUAGACGGGACCAGGACGAUGCAUCCUGACGAUGUGUGCGUCAUUGAGACGAUAGACGAUCGGCUCAAGUGUUACGAGGAGGAGAAAGAGAUUGUGUUCCUGGCAAAGGAAGUCAUCGAGAGGAUGAGGCAGCUGUCGCCCCCGCACCGUGUUCAGUAUAGACCGCGCACGAAGAUACCUCGAAUGUUAUCAGGCUAUACCGUGCGGUGAAACGAUAACGGUGAGUCAUACCGACUGCAUUCUGGGUAAUCAAAUUUUUGACGCGCUAUUAUUAAUCCAAAGUUCCGCG